AUGGAAACAAGUUGUAAAAGUGUAUUUCCCAAGUGCUACGAUUUGUCUACACGUUUCUAUGUAAAGUCCAAGUAUAGGAAAGAUGCUGGGAACCUGAGAGAGAAGGUGAUUGAUCUUUCGGAGCUGUUGGUUGGCUUUUCUUUACAUUCGCUUAAUCCUGAUAAGUGGAAAUGGUUGCCGGAUACAUCUGGUCUUUUUUCUGUCAAGUCGUGUUAUCAAGUUCUAUUAGAAAAUAGUGAGAUAAUUGUUUUGGAUUCUAAUGUGUUGACAGCUAUCAAACAUCUUUGGAGGAAUGAUGCCCCCUCCAAAGUUUUGGUUUUCGGUUGGCGGUUAUUUCUGGAUAGGUUACCUACGAGUUGGAUAGGAAAGAGUAUUAUAGCAGGGGUUGAUGGAUGGAAUCAUUUUAAGUUGUUUGGCGAGAUGGUUAAGAUGAAAAAUAGUGAACGAAUUAGUCAUUUGAUUUGGUUGGCAACAACGUGGAAUAUUUGGAAACUUAGAAACAACAUGAUUUUUCAUGGAGCCAUUUUGAAUGCUUCUUCACUUUUAGAUGACAUCAAAGCUUUUUCAUGGGCGUGGGUGAAUGGUCGGUAUGGGCAUAAGUAG